AUGCGUUUUGUUCUUUUGUCCGGAAUUUUGUUCGGUGCCACCUCCAUAGCUGCCAAGAUAUAUGCGGCGUCUUAUUCGGGCACCGUGACUACUCUGUCACCACGAGGGGGAACGGGACUAAUGACCUGUCAGUCGUCGCUCAGACGAAAGCUUGCGGGAGUCAAUUCCAAUGGGUCGCUGACAAUGCUGGAUGUCCUUGACACCCUGCCCGGUCCGGUUAUGUCGGCUAUCUAUCUGCAAGGCUUUUCGUUGCUGUCGCACACUAAUAACGAAGCUUCUGCCGUCACAGCCUACACAUUUGACUCAGCAUCAGCCCAUUUGAACAAAACGCAGGAGUUUACAUAUCAGAUUCCUGCUGCCGGUCCAGUACCCGACCGACAAGAUGUCUCUCAUCCACAUGGAGCUAUCGUUGACCCGACGGGCCGCUUCGUUGUGGUUCCUGAUUUGGGCAUGGAUAAAAUACAUAUCUUCAAGAUUUGUCCCUCCAGCAGCCUUCUCCUACCUCAGACGCCAUUGGUGGUAAACCCCGGAUCUGGGCCACGACAUGCCGUGUUUUGGAUACCCAAAACAAGGGUUGGCUCUGUUGAUAACACGUUCUUGUAUCUUGUCUCAGAACUUGACAAUACCUUCAGCGCAUUUAAGUCUCACUAUACCCACAAUAGCCUAACCUUUGCUAAGGUUCACAAGGAGAAUACAUACGGCGGAAAUGCCGCACCAAGUGGCUCCAAGGUCUCAGGAAUCCAGAUCUCACCCGGAAAUGAACGUAUUAUGGUAUCCAACCGCGGUGAUGCUACCUUUGGUGAAGGGAGUGACACUUUCGCCGUUUUCACCUGCUUCACUGCCAACGGUAACGGCGACAUGAAUGUCUCAUCUGUCGGAUUGUUUCCCGCCUACGGUUCUUUCCCACGUGAGUUUGAUUUUAAUGAAAAUAAUGGAACAAUUGUGGUGGCAUUGCAAAACAGCCAUGAAGUGGCUGUAAUUCAGUGGAAUGAACAAACUAGGAGCCCAGGGAAGCUUAUCUCCAAAAAGAGCUUGGAUGGGGAGAUUCCUGCUGCAAUUUGGGGGCCCUGA